AUUACCGUUGGUUAGCUUUGGGACGUCUGUUUCUUUAAAUAACCACAUUUCCGAUAGUCUUUGAAUGCAGCAGAGUGGUUUCAGCGCCAAACGACAGCGCCUAAUUCUUAUACUCAGUCUACGAGUAGGCACCCAGACGUAAAAAUCUAGUUAAAAUCUAAAAAACAGAGGGCUGUUGUAAUGUUUAGGAAUAAGUCUGCCUGGUUUUCCAGCAGCGUGCCAAAGUCAUGUCACAACUUCUGGACAGUGGAGGGUGGUGCGAUGGCUGGUUGGAGAGAAGCAGAUUACCUUUUCAGUGAGGAUGCUGCGUGUGAUGAUACACUGAGGAUAUUCGAGAGCAAAGAUUAUCUCUGGAACAAGGUUGUGAUUUUUCACAGCUUGUUUCUAUCUGCUUGUGAGACGCGCCGCAGCGUGAGGUCGAUGUGCAUUGGUCACUAUGUGCUGCCUCCGGCUUCCGUACAGGAAGAGGUGAGACACAUGGUUGGGAGGUUGAUUUGGGAGUGCGAGGAUGAGCAGCAGGCAGUAAAGGGUUUCCAUCAGAGGUUUAGUAUGCACACAGAAAAUGAAUACAGUGAAGUCAGCAAUGGCGAUUCUGAAGGAUCUGAUGACACAGAUUCAUCAGACAGUGAGGCCCCUCUACAUGCUCAAUACCCAGUUAGCAACACGCUCUCAGGGUAUGUCAACAUUGACAAAUUGCAGAAAUAUUCAGGUGAUCUGUGUGACUUCCAGCCCGGAUGUUUCAGAUGCUCCAACUGUAAAGCCCACUGCUGCCGGCAGCCCACAUAGAGAGAGAAAAGAGAAAAACACCGUAAAGAAGAACAAGUAGCAGAUGUGACUGCUCCACAUAUUCUACAGUUUCCAGCUGUAGAUAUUAUACUGUCAGUUUUGGUUGUGUAUUGUGUGGGCAUUGCCUACUUACACAUGUGUGUGUAUUGUAGAUGUUUACACUGACACAAAAAAAUAAAUCAUAUCUUACAAGUGUAAGAUCUACAAAUGGCUUAAUUCCAUAGUCGCUAGAAGGUUGUUUCUGUAUUAAUUUCUCAAUGCUUUUGUCACAAAGAUGGUUUUAUUUAAUUUGGAAACUUCGAUAAGAAAUGUUUUUCUUACACAGUUUUUGCUGGAAUGUAACCAGGGAAACCUUGAAGAUUACACUACAUUAUAUUCUUACCACAUUUUGAAAAGUAUCUUAUUAUAAUCUCAUCGCUUAUUAAUUUAUUUAGGAGAACGUGGCAGUAUUCAAUCAUUCAUCAUUUAAUCGUGUCGGACCGAGACAACGCAGAACAGUUCAA